GGGCUACGUGGCGUCGUAGAUGCCAAUAAAGAUAACUUACGUGGUCCCAUACCUCGAUUUCCAUGCCAACGUGGCACAACUAAAGCGAAGUGUUCCGGACAAGCAAAAGCAACUCCUCCAGUUCCAACUUUCCAAUAGGGAAAUUGUUGCAAUAAUAUCUUGUAAUCUUACAAUCUCAACAGAGGCUGCAGCUUCAAUGGCUGCUUCUUCUUCCAUAGCUUUGUUCUCCUCAAUUAGAGGCCGGGAACCGUACGACCCCAAAGCGCUUAUUUCUCGACCGAAACCCGUAAUCUUGGCGAAUCAUGCUCCACUUCCGGCUCGACGGUAUUAUUACUGUAGCCAGAAGAAAAGUCCGCGAAUCUUGUGUUCGGUUUCAAUUUCGAGUUCGGAAGUGCGAACAGGGCGACCUGAUGAUCUCGUCGCUUCAAUUAUUUCCAAGGUAACGCAAACAGAUGGAGGAGUUACUCUAACUAAAGAAGAGCAUGAAGAGGUGUCGGAAGUUGCACAGCAAUUGCAGAGCUAUUGUGUUGCAGAACCGGUCAAAUGCCCUCUCAUCUUUGGAGAAUGGGAUGUGGUGUACUGUUCGAGACCGACUUCCCCAGGGGGUGGGUACAGGAGUGCAUUCGGCCGUCUUUUCUUUAAAACAAAAGAAAUGAUUCAGGCAGUUGAAGCUCCUGAUACAGUAAGGAACAAGGUCUCCUUUUCUCUUUUUGGCUUCCUCAAUGGGGAGGUCUCUCUCAAAGGUCAGUUGAGGGUUUUAGAUGAAAGCUGGAUUCAGGUUAUAUUCGAGGCACCUCAGCUGAAGGUAGGAGCACUAGAGUUGCAGUACGGUGGUCAAAGUGAGGUGAAGCUGCAGAUAACUUACAUCGAUGACAAGAUCAGGUUGGGGAAGGGCUCUAGAGGUUCUUUGUUUGUUUUUCAAAGACGCAUUUAGAUUAUCAAAAUCUUCAACCCACACAGAUCACCUUUGUCUCUGUGCUUUACACUGCUGGGUCCAAUGAAAUCUGGAAUGCCACUCCUUGUUCUUUGUUUCAUCA